AUGCCGAAGCGUUCCCAGUCCUCCUCACAAGACACUGACCCUAGGAAGCGCGCGAAGGCGUCACUUAUACCGGAUCAGGAAGAUUUCUCGCUGGAUCGUGUGGUGAACAACGUCAAGAAGGUUGCUGUCGAGCACGCUCAUCUGCCAGAGACCGUCGUCUCGAAGCUCUUCGAGCAGGACGCGACAGUCUUGUAUCUAACAAGCGACCGUAAGAGUUGGGUUUAUCAUGUGCCACGCUGGUACUGGUAUCGAGCGUGGGAGGCGCACCCGAAGGAGCAUGACACCAUAAUGAUGUUCGGCAAACCGACGAUGCUCCCGCGAUUUCAGCAGCUUUGUGGCGAAAUGGGGAGUUACCGCUACUCUGGCAAGACAUUUGAAGCGCAGCAGAAGUUUCCGCCGGGUCUAAGGCACGCUGUGCAGCAAAUGCAGCGGUUUGUGGAAGACCCGAGUACACAACACACGCGACUCACAGGUGGACUCGUGAACUGGUACGAGAAUGGAGAUCACUACAUCGGGCCACACGCAGAUGACGAGAAGGAUAUGAUGGCGUGUUCUCCGAUCAUUGCACUGUCUUUAGGAGCAGCGCGACGCUUCGUUUUCACAAAAAAGACUUCGAAAAGUGCGCCUCAAGGUGAUGAAGCUGUGGCACGGAUGGAGCUGCAGAUGGAAGACGGAGACUUGAUGAUCAUGGGCGGUACGACGCAGAGAACCCACAAACACGCAGUACCCAAAAUGGCGCGAUGUCGAGAGCCAAGGAUCAGUGUCACCUUGCGCUGCUUUCUUUAG